AAAAAAAGUCGUAUCGAUAGUUCGGGUAAAGAUAGUGGCGUUGAAAUUCUAACAAAUGAGCCAUAUACGAAUGGACCAGGUGGUUCAGGCCAAUAUACCUUUAAAAUCUAUCAUAUUGGAAAUAAAUUGCCAACGUGGAUACGUAAUUUAUUACCGAGUACGGCAUUAGAAGCACAUGAAGAAGCAUGGAAUGCUUAUCCAUAUACGAAAACGAAAUAUUCUUGCCCAAUAGUUGAUCGAUUUAGUGUUGAAGUACAAACAAAAUAUUUUAAUGAUGCUGGUAUACAGGAAAAUGUUUUUGAUCUAAAAGGCGAUGAACUAAAAAACCGAACUAUUGAUAUAAUGGAUUUUGUAAAUGAUGCAUUACCAUAUUAUGAUUACGCAGUUGAUGAGGAUCCAAAGUUAUAUCAAAGUAAUAAAACGGGACGUGGUCCAUUAACGGAAAAUUGGAUUAAUGAGUGUAUUCAAGAUGGUAAACCGAUUAUGUGUGCCUAUAAACUUUGUAAAGUCGAAUUUCGUUAUUGGGGCUUACAAACAAGAGUGGAGAAAUGGAUACAGUCAUUUGCUUUAAGAAAUACGAUGCUUCGAGCACAUCGGCAAGCAUGGGCAUGGCAAGAUGAAUGGUAUGGAUUAACGAUAACUGAAAUACGACAACUAGAAGCUGAGGUUUUAUUUUUUAAUUUUCUAGCAAAUAAAUCAACUCCGUUUAAGCUUCAUCGAUUCUUUAUCUUAUCAUAA